UGUGCCUUGUUGCGAGCGCCUUCUUGAAUUUCGUCCUUGCAUGGAGUCUUAGGGACGUAACGAUCUUGUCGACGCUACGGAUCCUUCUAUUCGUCGCUUUUGGUCUCAGCAUAGUAAAUCUUGCGAAUAUUAUAUGCUUCUCAACACUGUAUGUGAGGAGGUUGAGGAGCUUUUCACUUGGUCGAAAAAGGACGACAUGGAGUUUGUUCACAGCAGGCGCAAUUACGUCGACUAUCAGUAUUUGCGUCUCAGGGGUUACUCUUGUAUGGCUUGUCAUAAGAAGGUCCAGCGUCCCAACCAACGUCCUACAUGCAGCUCCGAUAGUGCUCCUUGGUGUCUUGUUCGGCGUCUGGGGUGUUUCACUCUGCUGCCAGGUCCUUCUUUAUUCGCUUCUCGCAGCAUGGACGAAGAAGGUAUUGAGGAAGCAAAGAACCCGGACGUUGGACUUGGAUUUCGGAAUCAGAGCUCCAUCAAUGAGCUAUGCCGGAAGACCUAGCACUCAGCAAACGAACCAGUCUUUUGGCUCUCAAGAGGCGACCUUGAAUUCACCACCAAGAACACCAGUGUCUAGGGGUGGUUCGAUUGCAAUGUCUUCUGCGACCCGGGUUGGCCCUUCAUCGUCAAGGACAAAACUCAUCCGACACUCAAAUCGCUCGUCAUUUGACACAGGACCCUUUCCAGCAGCAGAAGCUAAGGCAAUCGACAGUGCCUUUGACAGCUGGGACACAUCUUCUGUACACCAAGAAAUGCGCGCCGCCAUACAUUCCUCGCCACCACCCCCUCGUCAUGGCCUAGAACCGAUCCCAGGUAGCCGACCGGAUUCCCCAGCAGACGCUUUGGAUGGUCCUUUUCUUCCCCAGUCUCCUGUUUCCAGCUCGCCUCCUCAUGCAGCGACCUCAGAUACGGCCACAGUCGUGGGUUGGAGCUCUUCACCGCGACAGCCAGCAUCUUCGCCACCUUCAAGUCCACCCAACUUCUCACGCCCAACAUCUUCAGGACAGAACAAGCCUCCGCCACCUGCAUUUCAUCAGUACAAGAAUUCUAUGCCUGAACUGAUACAUCCGCUUUUUCGACCCAACAGUCCUCAUCCACCACCUGUUGCGAGAGCGGGAACAAUGGUGACUGCAUCGCCCUUGGCAGAUCAGCCCAUGACACCUCAGACUCUGGCUCGACUGCGAAGCAAAACAGAUCUCUCCAAGGGACACUGGAAGGCAAUGCCAAGCAUCGACAAAUCAGAAUCAGAAACUCAAAGUAAUAGUACUUCACCUCCAGACAGUCCGACUUUAGGUAGUCCUGGCCCAUCGAUUGUGGAUGAUGCUGAACUGCCUCCUAUAUUACCAGGAUUUGUACUUUCAGCAGGAUCGCGGAGCAGUCUGGUAGGAUACGGGAAACGGAAAAGUGUGAAGAAGGAGCGACGGAAAUCACAAACAUCUGUUAGCAGUCGUUUGAGCCAACUUCUGUGAUGGAAUAUGGUUGGAUUCAUUCUAUUUUCCCGCGGCUACUGGCACCGCAUCUUUUUGUGUAAUGUCUGAAAUAUGUCUGAUGAUUUGUUUGUACUUAGCACGGAGUUGGUGGCAACGGACAGGGAUUUGAAAUGAGAUAUGAAGAGUCGAGCAGGCCCA